CUAGGUUCUCUCUCCGAACACAUCCUUCAUCAGCAGCUCGCCCAACACAUUCCCCACGGCAGAGCGUGUGAGGCGAUAGGGGGAUGCCUCGGUGGUGUAGAUGCCAAUACUGUGGUCGUUCAGCCUGAUGGCCGCGAUGUCCUGCAUCCCAAUGGUCACCACCACCAGCCGAUAACGCCGACGCCGCUCUCCUCGCUCCCAAACCUCAUCGAAGACUCCUGGGCUUGCCGCCCACUCUUUGCUGUUGCGAGGGGUCGCCAGCAACUCCUGCAGCCUAUCGGCUGCAGCACGAGAGAGAGAGUAUUCAAGAGUGACGCGAUCUUGACGCAUGCAGCCGCCAUGACGGAGCCAUGCGAACAAGAUGAAGACCACCAUGGCUGUGUAGGUGCUGUACACGUGGCCGCAAAGUCGUGUCGGAGGGUCCUCGGGCUCGAAUAUGUCAGGGAAGAGGGAGCUGGGGGCCAUCAGGAGGGUGGGAAGACAGUACACGUACUUGUAGAGGGGGCGAAUAGUGUCGCCGUCCAUCAGCCGAACGGCAUCCCCCACACCACUAUCGUCCACAGUCAGCCCCCAGCUCAGAAUCUUCCACAGGCGUGGCGCCUCCCUCUCGCUCAUAAACGCCGCUCGGCUGUCGAACAAGCCGAAAUUGCCGUCGCCCAGCACCAGUGGUCCCUUGCGAUGCAGAUGAUACAGCAUGAUCAGCACGAGCCUCCAUCGAGCCCACUUGCCGCCAUGGCACAGCAUGAAGAACCGUCGCGUCAGCCGCUCCAGGAGGGCACUGCUGGCCACUGCAGCGGCCACCCCCUGCGCCACUUGGGGAAUGGGCACAUCCACCAGGACACCGAAGAUGCCGGCAACCACAAUGGGCAGCAAGCGGGUCAAGAGGGGUAUGAGCAUGGCGGGCGUGAGGGAUGCGUGGCGAGUCCGGUCGAUGAGGCGCAGGUUGGCCGUCUCUUUGUAGUUGUUGCCGAGGCACUUGGCGAAGAUCGGCGUGACCACGCCAGGGACGGCAUCAAAGCCCUCCGGCUGUGUGCGGCCUGCCACCGGGACACACACACACAAACCGAGUAGUACGCCUGCAUGCCUCCCAUCAUCUGCACGGUCACGGCUACCUGCAGCAAUUGGUGACGCGGACGAGUGUCGCUUGCAGAGGCAGCCCCUUCAUGAGCAGUGUCCGACAUCUGUGUAUCACACACACACACACAGAGAGAGAGAGGAACAAUUGUUCCUCCGAGUGGCUCUCUUUCCCUUGCCAUACCUCAGCGGGUGCCCUUGGGCUGCAGGUGGUCGAGAUCUGUUCCUUCUGUGAGCUGGGCUUCUCUCCUUCUCCGUUGCUCACAGCCACCACACCGACAAAAGCCAAUGCCUGCCAAGAUCUGCUGCAACACACGGAAAUAAGGAGAAUUGUUAUCGUGUAUGCCCUCGGCUCUUCCUGUCCCGCCAUCUCUCACCCCAAAUCGUCAGAAUGGCAUCCACCAUAUGGAGGUGGUGACACUGACGCAGAUCGAUAUCAU